UAACCCGUUCGUCAAAAUAAUUGUUUUUUCAGAUUAGCCGUUUGAUUAGAUUAUUAAAACAUUGAUUAAACCAACAGCGUGCCCUGUUUUGCGAGUGAAAUUGAUUGGAGGACUGCACAGUACACGUGUGCAUAGAGAAUACUGAAGGUUGAGCAGUGCAUUUAUCGCUGUGCAGCCGAUUGCAACAAGUGGAUUUUUCGCUUAAAUAUUUCCCCAGAAGCUAAACAAACUGGACGACUUCGAGUUUGACGACCUGGACGAUUUCGCCAUGGAUUUCUGGAGUGUUUUCAUGUUCUUUGUCUUGACGUUCCUCAUCAUGAGCUGUUGCGGCUACUGCUGCACGAGCAGGCGUCAAGGCGCUGUGCUCUCCACUCCCGUUGUGGUAACAUCCGCCACCCACACAGCCCCUGGCGGUUAUCCGGUUACCCAGCUUCCCCCGCCCGGAUAUCCGGCCGGAAAUGCCUACGCUGUUCCCUAUCCGGCACAGACCACUGGCAAUGUGACUGUUCAGAUGCCCAUGCCGAUGCAACAGCAACAUCAGCAGAUGCCGAUGCCAAUGCCAGGCACGCACACGCAUGGAGUUGCAUAUCCCCCAUAUCCUGGAGCUGGAGCAGCGAAUAUGAAUCCCCCGACAUACGACAUGGCCGUUGCAAGUCCCGGGCCAAGUGUGAUGCCCGCUGGUUAUGAGAAGCAGUCGCCCUACAACCCCAACUUCGGGCAGUAACGUUAGAGCUGUGGAGACCACCACCUCGGUUGAAACUGAUUCAGCGAAACGUUUUUGAGAGCAUUUUAUUCUGUUUUUGUCGAUAUACGCUUCUAUACUCGUCGAUUUCAUUAGUUUUGUAAUUCUUUAUACAUCUCCCAAUGCAUCGUGUGUACACUGAUUAUCCAAAAAUGAAUUCCACUUCCACAUUAGUCAAGAUUCGUUUCUCGCCUCCCAAGAGAAGACCAAAGUAAAAGCGACAGCAAAAUAAGCCAUUUUUAUAUAUUCCUUGUGAUGUAUGUAUCUGUACAUAUAAUAUAGUCUUAGCAGCAGCCUAAGCUUACAUUUAA